GCUCGAUAUAUUUGACACCUUAAAAAUUAUAAAGUUUACGUUCAAAGGGCAAAACUGCUAUUUAAAUUUAGCUUUUUCCGAACAAAAAUAGCAGGUUAAAAGGUUUAUCAAAUUGCAACACUUAAAUUAUAAGGAAAAAGGAUGCCACGAGUAUGCUUCAUUCGAGGAUGUCGAACCCACAAGGACUACUACGAACGCGGUGUAGCAAUGUUCUCCUUCCCGAAGGAACCCAACAAAAGGGCGGCCUGGAACGAGGCUUGUUCACGGGAAGCGAACUAUGAACCACCCGGAUAUGCGUGCAUUUGUGAGAAGCACUUUGAUCCCACUGCCGUGUUUCGUGCCAAAACCUCUGCUGGUAAAACCUUGAGAAUGGAUGUCGCUCCAACCCGGUUUCUCGAUGGGUGGAAGCCGAGUGUAGAUAAAAACUUGGAAGUCAAUUUGUUAAGACCAGUUGUGGACAACGUGUUACUUGCAGAAGAACUUGAUGAGGUUCCCCAUGUGGAGGAAGUUCUAAUCAAGGAAAAUCCAUAUGUUGUGCCCGAAGUUCCAACUAUUACAGCAAAUAUGUUUUGCCGAAUGUGUGGUAUAAAGCAUGAAAAGAGUCACGAAUACGAUCUUAACGAGCUACAGAACGAUCAAAACGAUUCAAUGUUUAAAUUCUUCCUUCUUAAUUAUGAUGAACUCUUACCAGCAAGAACGAUUUGUCCAGAAUGUCACGAUCAAAUUGAUUCAAUAAUUCGUUUCUCCCAGAAGUGUCAUGAAGGACAACUCAAAUUGCUGGAACAGUUAAGUGAACUGAAGCAAAUACCAAUCCCCGCAUAUGAAGACGAUGCAAUUAGAGCGCUGUACUGCGACACUGAAUCGGAAGACAGUGAAUCCAAUUAUGAUGCACCGAAGCUUACUGAUGAGGAUUUUUUCGAAACUGAGGAAACGAAAAACGCUCGCAUGGAUAAAUACAUUGACACACUGAUGUUGAAGUACAAAUCGGCCAAGGGUAGGUCCCGUGUAGCGAAGAGUUGGGAAUGCCUCGACUGUCGUCAGGUGUUCCAGCAUCGAACUCACCUGAGGAAGCAUCGUCGCACAUGUUCGCUAGUCGGCACAGCAGAUUCAAAGCGGCAGGGACCGUUUCGCUGUGAAUUGUGCGAUAAGCUAGUGAACACGUUGCCCGGUUAUCGAUACCAUCUUCUACGGAAGCACGAUAAUAAGGAAGAUGACAAUCAUCCAGAUGACUUGCGCUUGUUGAAGUCCAACAAAGUACUCACCUGCCCAAUCUGUAAAGACAGCUUUGCAACGGCAUACAAGUUAAGGUACCAUUUGCCCAGUCAUAGGAGUACCAACCAAGGACGUGGAUACGAAUCCAACCGCUCGAGUAUGCCAAGGGAUAGCGCCUGCAUGUGCAGUGUGUGCGGCAAAAUGGAGCGCUCUCCAGCUGGUCUACAAAUUCAUAUGAAGUUCCAUUUGAAGCAGAAAGAUUGGCAGUGUGAUCAAUGCGAUAAGCAGUAUUAUACUAAGGCGGAUCUAAAACAACACGUAUUGGUGGUUCACGAUAAGGUGACUUAUCCUUGCGAAAUUUGCGGUCUAGUGCUGAAAUCACAAGCCACCUUCACGCGCCACAAACGAGUACACGACGUAUCGCUGCAGAAGCAGUGUAGUUUCUGCACAAAAAAGUUUACCACCACAAAUGCGCUCAACAAGCACGUUCACGCUAGACAUCAGGGUUGGAAGAGGCCCCAGAUGCACGACAUCGAACUUCCUGAGGAUAUGGGAAAUCACGAGGAAGGACAUACGGACCUAGAAUCCGAGGAGAUCAUUGAAGAAGUUGUUAUCGUUGAGACGUCGAAUUUUACUUCAAGAGAUGACAUCAAGCUAGAACCAAUUAUGUUCGUUCCAACAAGCAGUAGUACAGGUAAAUAAUGUGUUAACCAUCAACAAAA